GCGGCCGUGCUGGAGAAAUCUUGAGCCUUCAGAGAGGAAGAUGGAUGAAAACCAGGAUUUCGCUGCUGAGUUACAAGACAGCAAGGCCUCGUACGUGCUCAGUAAUGUCGCUGAGGUGGUGGAACGGAUUCUGACCUUCUUACCGACCAAAUCUCUGCUCCGGACCGCAAGUGUCUGCAGGCUGUGGAGGAACUGUGCCCGCAGGGUGCUGAGGACCCAGCAGCAUCUCACCUGGGUGUCCGCCCUGGGCCCGUCCGACACCGAGGUCCAUGCCCUCUGCAGCACCCUGGCCCAGGAGGUGGAGAAAGUAUUUCUCCUGCCUAAAACCGUCUUAGCGAUGGUAGACUGUGAGGCUUUUACUGGACAAGCUUAUUGCUACAGACAGAGUAAAGCAAAAAAGAGUCGCCACAGUCCAGACACAGUCGAAGAACUGAACCUGCUCUUCCCCAAAGGCUGUGACAUCAUGGGCGUUGCUACACCAGGAAUAGUCUUGACUCCCAGUGGCCCUAGCUCCAAUCCUCCUCAGGAGCACCAGGAAGGGGAAGCGGGCUUUGCGAUCAUGUUGCCCAGCAUGGAGGGUGUGCACAUCAAGCCCUUUCACUUCUGUAAGAAGUCCAUCUCUCCAAGUGCCCUGAAAGAAGCAGGGCUAGUUGAGAACCCAGAUCUGCGUGUGGUACUGUUGUUUGUCUAUGAGGCAUAUAAACCUGGAGGAGCACGCUUCCUCAGCCAGCUGCUGGAGCAGCUGUCCAAGAGCAAAGCUCUCAUCGCUGGAGGCCUGGUGGAAAGUGUCUUCUCUCCUCCAAGACAAUGCUGUAGCCAGGGUGCGCACGGUGUGGUGGGUCUGGCGCUGAGUGGUCCUAAGGUGCAGGGGGCAUCUGUCCUCUUGGACCAAGAUAUCAGCAAUCCAAAGGAGGCUGAAGACACAAUCCGACGGUUAAAGGCGGCCAAAAUUCCAGAGAGGAACACCCUGGGGUUCAUGUUCGCCUGCGUUGGGAGAGGCCAGACCUACUACAACAACCAGAACAACGUAGAGGCCGACGCAUUUCACAAGGUGUUCCCCAACACCCCGCUCUUCGGCUUGUUUGGCAACGGAGAGAUUGGCUGUGACCGAAUCAUCAAAGACGACUACACGCUGUGCGACACUGAAACGGACAGUCUGCAGCACGAGUACACGACAGUCAUGACCCUGGUCCAUCUAGGCUGACCGGUCCACCUGUAGAAACGGUGGAGAAACAGGAAAAGAGAUGACUCCUGUUUGCAACCGCAGUGGGGAACAACAAACAUUCUGUACAAAAUGUUCGUCACAUUACAGAUCAGAAUAUCUCUGUCAGCGUGUCUGCUCAUAAAGCAAAGGAAAUUAACCCUUCGGCCAACAAUGUAUUGGCAUCGUUUGAGUGAGUCUCACAAAUAGGACCCCAAGAAAGACAAACUGAUCAUCUAUGUUUAAAUUCAGCUGUGAUUUAGUACUCAUGUAAAAUAUAUGUGUAUAUUUUUUUCUCAAAUUCGGCACCCACUGAUGGCAUAUCUUUCUCUCCCUCGGAUAUGUACCUCAUGGUUUAUUUGCUUUCCAAGUGAGUAAAUGAUACACACUUGAGUAUCCCAAGCUAUUAUUAUAGUUGUUGAUUCAGCAAAGGCACUUUUUUAUUCACGUGACUAUGAAGAGUGUGUUUCUUCUUUCACAGAAUCAAGGUAAUCUUGAUUUGAAUGCUCUUUCUCCUCCUUAAGAUUUUACUCUUAAGGUUUUUACACUUGUCUUACCAAGAAUAAGCAAAAACUUGUUAGCCUAAAAAUUAAUACUCUUACGCAAGAUUUCUAUCUACCCGGGUUCAGUUGGGCACAGGGAAUUCACUGUGACUUAUUUUUAAUCCACAUGUAUAGUCUACUUCCUCAUGGCAGUGAGGCUUAUUGGUCACUGACAUAGUGCUGGUGCCUGAUCUAGAACCGGUUCCACUUAUUUACACUGAAAAAUUGUCCGGUUUUGGUUGGAACUGCUCCUGUAGCUGUGGGAGGAGCUACAGCUGGGAAUUCUGAGCGGUGAAUGCAAAAUAGAAUUACUUAGUAAAGUAAAUGUAUUUAAAGUAAGCAAAGCAUAAGUAUCCUGUUGGCUGGGAUUUCUUUUUAAUGGAAAUGACUCAAACUUCCAUUAUGUAACUUUCUUUUUUUGCUUUUUUGAGAUUUGUUGGCAGCAAACCCACAACAGAGUGGUGCAUUACUGCCACCAGCUGGUAUGGAGUGUGGACUACAUAACAUUCUGUUGUCAGACCUAUCAAAAUGUUGACCGGGUUUGCAAAACGAUUCGCUUCUGAACUGGCUCCAUCUUCCCAGUCUCUGCAGCUCGACAGAAAAAUUCAACUGGGAAUAAGAACAUUUAUUCACUGUGUGAGUGACACUGACUGACAGAAACUCAGAUUCACCUCAAGCUCACAGCUCAUCUUCCAUUAAAAGAGUCAGUUGGAGGAGGUUGGAAAUUGAAGAAAUGUUUAAGGUCAUUGGAGAUUAUGUAAUUAGUGUCUUGCUUUGCUAAAGCCAAAAGGUAAAAAAAAUCUCUGUAAUAGUGAUAUUAUGGGUUGACACAAAUCCUUUCAUCCAAUAAAAUACUUGUCGCAGUUCAAUCCAUGUAAAGCUGCAACUUUCAUGUCUAGAUUUCUUUCUGGACGACCCCGUCACUGAUUGAUGUCUUUCUUUUUCCUCUCUUAGAAGUAAGUAAGUCCUGGUGACAAUAAGGUGCAAUUUCCAGUUCAUUUAUGUUUUUGCCCAGUAGUUGCUGUUAUUGUUGGGAAUAACUGUUGUAAUAGUAAUAUCUGUAAAAAGCUGCAACACUGAUUGUUGCGAGAAUGGAUGUUUUUUUUGUUUUUUUUUAAAGAACUGCCCAAUACUUAAUCUUUUUUAAGCAAAAAAUUUGGAGCAUCUUCCCUCUUUGUAUCAUAAUGUACAUGUCUACCACUAGAGUGUCUGAAGAGGAACUGAAAAUAUUGUAAGUUUAUGGCAAAUUGAACAAUGCCUGUUUCUGUGUUGAUGCACUUUUCUACAUGUGCCAAAUCAUAUCUGUUCUCAUUUUCCUCCAUAAUAAAUUGACCAACAAUUGGA